CAGUUAUUAUUGUCAUUAGUGUCACUCUCACGCAACGCAAGCACGUACGUAGUCAACUAGAAAACAGCUGAACGAUAGUAUCGCAAUUUUUUUAUAUUAAUAUUCAAAAUGUUGGAUCUAUUCAGUAUCUUUAGUAAGGGAGGAAUCGUGUUAUGGUGUUUUCAGAGUACAAGUGAAAUUUUUACUCCGUCGGUGAACGCAUUAAUUCGCAGUGUGAUAUUACAAGAACGUUCUGGCAACAAUACGUUCGGGCACGCUGCGCUUACGUUGCAGUACAAGCUGGACAAUGAGUUCGAGCUGGUGUUCGUUGUGGCGUACCAGCGUAUUCUGCAGCUGGCGUACGUGGACAAGCUGCUGAGUGACGUGCAGCGGGAAUUCCGCGAUAAGUACAAGAAUGAGCUGGCGGCAGGCGACAGCGCGGGCGGCGCCGCCAACUUGGACUUCACCGCCACGUUCCACCGGCUGCUCAAGGAGUGCGAGCACUGGGCUAAGACACAAGCAAAAAUUCCGAAACAAAUGAGAUCAUUUGAAGACUCAUUGAAAUCUAAGAAGACCGUUGCUUCUAUGAUUGAGAGAAAAGGAGAGGACAAGGGGAAAAAAUCAGUGAAGAUAGUGGAGACAGCGGCGGCGUGCAACGGGCGUGCCGCGGAGGCGGGGGCGGGGGCGGGGGGCGCCGCCGACGACGAUGACGUGAUCGCCGCCAGCCGCGCACGGCUCGCCAGCAAGCUUGCCGCCCGCGGCAAGAAGGAGCCCAAGGCGGCGAAGUCCCCGAAGUCCCCGGCGGCGGCGGAGCGCAAGCAGCCGCGCGUGUGGGCGCUGGGCGGCGCGCCGCGCGACGCGGCCGGCCUGGACUACGGCGCGCCCGGGGACGACGCGGAGGCCGGCGCCGCCCGCGGGGACCUGCAGUUGGUGGGCCAGAUGGCGGGCGACAUCCGCGAGCUGGAGGUGGAGGACGAGGCCGAGGCCGAGGCGGGGGCGGCCGCCGGCGGGGUCUUCUCAUACUUCAAGGGGCUGGUGGGGUCGCGCGGGCUGACGCAGGCGGACAUGGCGCCGGCGCUGGAGCGGCUGCGGGACCACCUCAUCUCCAAGAACGUGGCCGCCGACAUCGCCAACAAGCUCUGCGACUCCGUGGCCGCCAGCCUCGACGGGAAGGUGCUGGGCACGUUCGAGUCGGUGUGGUCGUCGGUGCGGGCGGCGCUGACGGCGGCGCUGCUGCAGAUCCUGCGGCCGCGGCGCCGCCUCGACGUGCUGCGGGACGCGCUGCAUGCGCGCCAGCAGCGGCGGCCCUACGUCAUCACCUUCUGCGGGGUGAACGGCGUGGGCAAGUCGACGAACCUGGCCAAGAUCUGCUUCUGGCUGGUGGAGAACGGGCUGUCGGUGCUGGUGGCCGCGUGCGACACGUUCCGCGCCGGCGCCGUGGAGCAGCUGCGCACGCACGUGCGGCGCCUCAACGCGCUGCACCCGCCCGCCGGCCCCGCCGGCGCGGCCCGGGUCGCGCUCUACGAGAAGGGAUACGGUAAGGACGCGGCGUCCAUCGCGGCGGAGGCCAUCCGCGCGGCCGCGGCGGCCGGCACCGACGUGGUGCUGGUGGACACGGCCGGCCGCAUGCAGGACAACGAGCCGCUCAUGAGGGCGCUCGCCAAGCUCAUCACCGUGAACCAGCCGGACCUGGUGCUGUUCGUGGGCGAGGCGCUGGUGGGCAACGAGGCCGUGGACCAGCUGGUCCGCUUCAACCAGGCGCUGGCGGACCACGGCGGCGCCAAUCCGCGCUGCAUCGACGGCAUCGUGCUUACCAAGUUCGACACCAUCGACGACAAGGUGGGCGCGGCCAUCUCCAUGACGUACCUGACGGGGCAGCCCAUCGUGUUCGUGGGCACGGGGCAGACGUACCGCGACCUCAAGGCGCUCAACGCCCGCGCCGUCGUCAACGCGCUCAUGAAGUAGGCGCCCGCGUGUACUCGCAAGGUCUCGAAAAAACCACGUAUAGUCCGCGGCGGCCGGUGAUGAUUACAAAAUUAUAUUUACACAAAAUAUCCCCAAACGAUAAGUUGUUCCAAUUUUAUUUUAAUAUUUGUAAAAAGUUUUGCUGUUAGUGAUAGAUGAAAUGUAUUGCAAGUUGUUAGGCACUUGUCCCACCGUCGGCGAGGAAGCGAUUAGCUAUCGACAUUUACUCGCUCCAAAAACGAACUAAAGAUGCAGAACUUUAGUUCGUUUCUCUCUUCACUAGUGUCGCAGCGACGUGAGCUGUCAAAUACGAACCUCGCUCGGCGCCCAUAAAGUGGUAGUUUUAUUGCUGUGCGGGGCCCUCGCGAGCGAGUGGUGCGAGUAACCGCCCGUCGCAAUGGAACACUCGCCCAGAGCCAACAUCACAACUACACACUUGGCUCUCUUAUUCUUUAUUUUAAAUACAUAAUCGCUUCUCGUAGUGGGUGGGUCAAUUGCCUUACAUACCUAAUAGUGAUUAUUAUUGUUACAAUUGGGUUCUGGAAGUGACCUUCACGUACGCGAUGUCCCGUGCUUCGGCGACGCAACGUUUAUACCUAUAACUGUUUAUAUUGGUAACGGAUAAUUAUGGAAUUGUUUAAAUAUAACAUUUUUAUUACAA